AUGGUGUCGUCCGUGCUCUGCUUGCUGACGAUCUUGCCCCUGAGCUCGGCAACCUUCCCUUCUUGCAAUGGGACCGCCAGCCCUGACACACCUUCCACAGGAAACUCCACUCCUGACGUUCCUGUGGAGGUGAAUGUUCAGGGGCAGAGUGGCAAGUUCACAAUCGUUCCCAAGAAUUCCUCCGGGAACUCGGUUGGCAUCAGGGUGACCAUGGACGCACUCCGGGAAGUGGAUGCCGCUGGCAGCGCGGUGGGCCAGACGGGUAACGUGAAGCACUCUGUGAACACGUUUGCCGCGCAGGACUUCACGGUGGGCAGCGUGGAGCAAGUGACAGUUGGUUCUGUGAGUGCCGCGAAGAUCUCGUUUGAGUCCACCAUCUCUAGCAUCGGCAAACUCGGCGUGGACACUUACCUCAUGGCGGGCGAUGGCGAUGUUGGUAUGAACAACGACUCGUGGUCCGUAGAUAUUGGGGACUUGAAGUGGAACAUCCGUCUGUGGGACUGGACCUGGUGCGGAGACUCGGGCGCCACCUGCAAAAAUGGCGAAGUGGGGGAUGCCAUCGAGCUGGACAUCACCGUGCAGAACAUGGGUGGUGGGUCGGCCAGCAAGAAGGCUGGUAGCAACAAGACGGUCUCGCUGGGUGGCUCGGCCGAGUUGCAACUAUCAACAGCUGUACAAACAGACUGCGCCUGGGUGGAGAUGGCCGAUGGGUACCCGAUGGUCACCACGCAGGGCAGCGGCACCACCAUCACCUUCCGCUUUCCGCGCUUCAGCUCCUCCUCGCUGUAUGACCCAGUGAUCUCCGGCUCAUGCGGCGAGCUGGGCCUCGACUGCGGGGGUGGCUCUAUCAGCACCACCUCGGGAGGGAGCAACUCAGUGAGCUCCACAACUGCGGGUGCAGGAGUGACUUUGGCAACAGCCCUGGCCAUCACUGUUUCUGCAUACAUCGCCUGA